AUGGAACGAGUCGUACCGAUUGCGGGAAGCAAUGGCGAUUUGCAGUUUUUAAAAAAUCUGUUGAAGCAGUAUGAGCUAAACCCUAAUUUUAAAGACGAAAAUGGAAGAACUGCUUUCAUGAGAGCUGUUGCGAAAAAUAAUCUUGAAAUUAUCACUUAUUUAGCAGAAUUAAAUAUUAAUCUUCGUGAGACGACUCAUUUAAGAAAAAACGUGUUCCAUAUAGCAUGUGAACAAUCAAAGCUCCAAACUUUAGAAUUCUUAAGAUACAAGACUGCCCGAGAAUUCUCCAAACACGACAUUGACCAAACACCUUUGCACAUCGCAACGUUCAAAGAAAGAUACGACAUAUGCAAAUUUUUACUGGAGAAAAAGGUUUCAGUCAAUGCAAGAGACAAGCAGGGCUCAACUCCUUUACACAUAGCCGCAAUGACAGGUAAUUUGCCUUUAAUCAAAUUACUACUCGACCACCAAGCGGAAACAAAAGUUUUGAACGUGUACAACAAAACACCUUCUGACACGGCAUGCGACAACGAGAACAAGGAGGCCUACCAGCUCUUGACGUCAGUGGAAAUAAAAAGUUGGAUCAUGGUUCGUUUUUGUUAG